AUGCCGUCUGCCGUCGUCAUUCUUGCCGAGGGAGCCGAAGAGAUGGAGGCUGUCAUUACCAUCGAUGUUUUGCGGAGGGGUGGAGUUAAUGUAACUGUUGCAGGACUUGCCGGAGCUGGUGAAGUGAAAUGCAGCCGGGAUGUUGUUAUUAAGCCAGACACAAGUCUUGAUGCUGUAUCCAGUCAGUAUGAUGCAGUUAUAAUACCUGGUGGUCUGAAAGGAUCCCAGUUAAUUGGAGAGUCUCCUGUUGCAAAGACUCUUCUCCAGGAACAAGAGAAACGAGGAGCAUACAUUGCUGCUAUUUGUGCAGGUCCAAAAGCUUUGAUGAGUCAUGGUAUUUUUAAGGGCAAAAAUCUGACAUCUUACCCAGCUUUUAAGGAAGAUCUCUCUUCAGGCGGCUAUCAAUACAGUGAACAAAGAGUUGUGGUAGAUGACAAAUUGAUUACAAGCCGUGGACCUGGAACUGCCUUUGAAUUUGCUUUGGCCAUUGUCAGUGCUUUGGCUGGCAAGGAAAAAGCCGAUUCUCUUGUGGCUCCAAUGCUUAUAAAAAAUGUGAAUCCAUUUUUCCAAUCAUUUUUUUUUCUCCUUCAAAAGAAAAGUAAAAUCUUGUUUUGGAGAGUUUUCCAGAAUAAACCAGAAUCCUUCAAGUACAACUGGUGCUAUUAA